CCUCUCGGAAGAGGACCGAGUCGUGGUCAUCCGCUUUGGGCACGACUGGGACCCGACGUGCAUGAAAAUGGAUGAAGUGCUGUACAGCAUUGCUGAGAAGGUAAAAAAUUUUGCUGUCAUUUACCUUGUGGAUAUCACUGAAGUACCGGACUUCAACAAGAUGUACGAGUUGUACGAUCCCUGUACCGUCAUGUUUUUCUUCAGGAACAAACACAUCAUGAUUGAUUUAGGUACCGGUAAUAACAACAAGAUCAACUGGGCAAUGGAAGAUAAGCAAGAGAUGAUCGACAUUAUAGAAACUGUUUAUAGAGGAGCCCGCAAAGGUCGAGGUUUGGUGGUGUCGCCGAAAGAUUAUUCCACUAAAUACAGAUACUGACAUUUCUUUCGGGCUGCCUUUUUUUGUUUUGUUUUUUUUUAAAGUCUACUUGAAUUUAUUCUUGUGUAUGUGUGUACAUAUAUAUAUUAAAAGAAAAAAAAAAG